CAAUGCCUGCGCUCACCUUGCUGGCCAUCGUCUCUAUCUGCGGCAUUGGCCUUGUUGCCGGCGACGGCCUCCGACUGCCCGACCAGCAGUCGUCCAGCAACAUACAACAAGUAUAUGCGCCGCAGCCGCAACAACAACAGACACUGCAAUUCCAACAGCAGCCGCAACAACAACAGCCACUGCAAUUCCAACAGCAACCACAACUGCCGCAGGCGCAGUCGGGCGUGGGUGAGGAACGUGGUCGCUCUUCCAUUCUGAGCAUAUUUGGCCUGGGCAAUGACAAUGAUCCCUAUCUAGCGCGCACCAAUACCAACUGUCUAAGUGGCGAUCUAUCCGAGUGCUUCAAGACACAGGCGCUCAACACAUUCGAUGAGAUCUUCCACAGGGAUCUGUAUCGUCUCUCAGAUUUUGCACGCGUUGUUCGCCUGCCAGAGACACAGCAACGCUCGCUGCUCCAAGAGCCUUUUGAGUACUCCGAGGAACCGCGCUCUGAAGAUGAUGACUGGAAUCUGCUUGUGAAAUAUGCUCUGCGUCGCGCUGAACGCUUCAUUAAGUCCACUGCCUUGGAGCUCGAGCUGCCCGAGGAACUGACCGAAGCAGGACGCUACGAGGCGCGCUUCAUUGGCAAUGACAUCGACGACGAGCUGGAUGCCGGUGAUGGCCAGCGUGCCGGACACUUCUCGCGUAAGAAGCUGAAGAAGAUGAUUAUUCCCCUGCUGUUGGUGUUGAAGAUUUUCAAGCUGAAGCUGUUGCUCUUCCUGCCCUUCAUUCUGGGUAUUGCGGGUCUAAAAAAGAUACUUGGACUGGCUGCCAUUAUUUUGCCCGGUCUCUUUGCCUACUUCAAGCUGUGCCGACCGCCAGGCGGUGUCGGUGGCGCCUUUGGCGGUGGCCUGUCUGGUCUCUUUGGCAGCAAGCCAUCAUUCCCCGAGUACUCACCCCAGGGUGUCGGCGCUGCCACUUACUAUCAUCAUCACGAGCACUAUGAUGGUGGACAUGGUGGACAUGGCGGCGGCGGUCCCUACUAUCGCCAGGAGCCAUCCUUUGCCAAGCCCUACAGCGAUUACUACAGCAAGAGUUAUCAGGGACAGCAGGAGCAGUCUCAGCAGUUGGGUGGCAAUUCCAUUAGCUUUGGCAAUCCCCAGGAAGCCGCCUACAAUGGCUACUAUGGACGCAAUACCGGCAAGGAUAUCCCAGCCGCGACGCAAACCCAACAGAAGAGUUAGGACUCGUCAGCUACAGUUGUUUAGGUCAUUGUUAUUUAUUUGCGACCUGGCUAAAUUGCAUUCCUAUAAGCAUAUUUAUUACUGUAAACUGUAAAU